GAAAGCGAAACAGGUAGCUUGAAUUAAAAUAGCGCAUGUGGGAUUUAGAUAGUUGUUCUUCCGGGUACCAAAGGUCAACAGAGGAGAAGACGCAAGUUGCGAAGAAAAUCCGCUGAAAGCUACUCAAAAGCGACUUGUAACAUGUCUCACACCAUACUGCUGGUGCAGCCCACCAAGAGGCCAGAGGGAAGGACAUACGCUGAUUACGAAUCAGUCAAUGAGUGUAUGGAGGGUGUAUGUAAGAUGUAUGAGGAGCAUUUAAAGAGAAUGAACCCCAACAGUCCGUCGAUAACGUACGACAUCAGCCAGCUGUUUGACUUCAUCGAUGACCUGGCUGACCUCAGCUGUUUGGUGUAUCGUGCCGACACACAGACGUACCAGCCAUACAACAAAGACUGGAUCAAAGAGAAGAUCUACGUGCUGCUGCGGCGUCAGGCCCAGCAGGCAGCACAGUGAAGCUUCUGAGGAGGAGGGUGGGAGUGUGGGGGGGCAGAAUUAUUUUUCCUGUCUGGAACUCGUUUUAAAACUUUGGAGUAACUUGUUUUGAGAUCUUUUUGACUUUUUUUUUUUCUCAUCUCAUGUACGGAGGUGUAUUUUGUAUUUUAUGGUUGGACUUAAUAAAGUUUCCCUUUAAAUAACAAAA